AGCUUUUGCUCACUGAUAAUAUUUGUUUUUUCUUUGCAGUUCGCCCUCUCGGCAAAGAGAUCACCAUGAGUCAAGCGUACCAGAAUAUGUGUGCCGGCAUGUACAAGACCAUGGUAGCGCUGGAUAUGGACGGAAAAGUGCGAAAGCCCCAGUUUGAGCUGGACAGCGAACAAGUCCGCUACGAGCAUCGCUUCGCUCCCUUCAAUAGUGUAGUUACCCCUCCGCCUGUGCACUACAUCCAGUUUAAGGAGAUGUCCGAUCUGAAGAAGUACAGUCCUCCACCAGGUUCCGCAGACCUCUACCUGGCCGCCAGCAAACACUUCCAGCAGGCCAAGCUCAUCCUUGAAAGUGUGCCAAACCCAGACGCUGAGGUGAACCGCAUACUGAAGGUGGCCAAGCCCAACAUUGUCGUGAUGAAGCUCCUAGCUGGAGGCCACAAGAAGGAAACCAAGGUGCUGCCAGAGUUCGACUUCUCCGCUCACAAGUAUUUCCCUGUGGUUAAGAUCAUUUGAAUCCCACCGUCCCCGUCCUGAAGUCUGCAAAUGCUCUGACCCAGUCCAUGUUUGAACAAUAAUAAAAACGCCCAACUGUAACAUCAC